UCCCUCUAAAGGAGCAAUGGCACUCUCGUACCAUUGCUGAGCCAGGAGGCUCCGAGCACUUUCGUAUUUCGGCGGAGUCGACCUGGUCUGUCUCGGGUUCGAUCUGGUCUGUCUCGCACGUUCACAGCGAAUGGUCGAGAAGGACUUGGUCUGAGAGAUCGAGGAGGAAUGCGGCACGGAUGUCGGCCAUGGCUGAAAAAGUCGUGGUGCUAGGAAGGGCAGGGCGAGUUGCUCAGCUUCGGCCACAAGCUUGACGUGUCGGGCGGCGCAUCGUGGCAUAGGCGGGCAUCGACGGGGCAAAGGCUUGUGAGUGCUGGAUGUUGGUACAAUACUCGUAAUAUAAUCCACAAAGACCCCCGAACUUCCACGCCGCCAUCCCCGACUUUUUGGUGUUUGAUCUGUUUGCUCGAAUUCACCACGCUCAAGCAACUUUGCGAUGACUUCCAUCGACAGCAAUCACCUAACACCAAUCUCGUCCGACUACAAACCACAUCUUUCAGCCCUAGUCAUCAUGUCUGGGAACCUGUCCAACGCCGCCGAGGACCGCAAAGCCCGUCUGGCCGCUCUCAAAUCCCUCAAGCGCAAACAACCUUCAGAACCUACAGAUGCCAAUGACAACACUCUCGCACCAGAAGACCCCACUCAGCAGCUCGAAGACGUCUCUUCAAUCAUCCUUUCAGGUCGUAACUAUGAUGCCACAACACGCGCCCCAAAACUCGGCUUCGAAAAUGAUCCCUCAGCACAAGGCGACACUCUAGAAAAGAAAGCUCAAGAGUUGGCAGAAGCAACAAAAAAGCAGGCAGCUCUAGAGGAAGCUCAAGACAAACCUCUGGAUCUGUUCAAGCUGCAGCCCAAGAAGCCCAAUUGGGACUUGAAGCGUGAUCUGGACCGCAAGCUGCAUGUUUUAAAUCUUCGCACCGACAAUGCUAUUGCGAAGUUGGUGCGUCAAAGGAUCGCUGCGACACAGGCUGAGAAGAGAAAGGCCAGCGGUGUGACAAACAACGAGGGGGAAGCCGUCGGCAUGGAAGGCGCAGAGCUGCUCGAAGCCACCAAUCUGAGGGAGAAGGAGGAUGUAGAGGAGGCAAGGAGGGAAGAGGAAGCUCAAGCCGACCUCUUGGAUGGCAGCUGACCAGUCAAUCCAUGUCACUUGUCACCAAACACAUCGCCUUCUGUCGUCGCCUGGUCACAUAUCACGACUGACCACUGCUCACCUCCUAGACAUGCUACGGCAAAGAAGUCUCACUAAAUUAUCAGGAGAGGCUUGCAGACACGCCCGGCUAGUGCACUGCUAUCUUAUUGGCAGUGGCCUACUUAUAUACGGAUGUUAAUUACUUAGAUAAUUACAGAGAACAACAAGGUCAUCCUUUUCUCAU